AUGGAGUACCCCCAAGAGAGUUUCAAGGCCACGACGUUCGCUUCUGGUUCCUUUUGGGCGAAUCGCCGACAUGUUGUCCAGUCCCAGACACUGCGGCAUCAGCUGCAGAUGCUGAAGAAGACUGGACGAUAUGAUGCCUUCAAGUUAAAGUGGCAUCCAAGCUACUCGGACCCGUGCACAGUCUGGCCGGUCCCCAAUCACCAAUUCUGGGAUUCGGACGUGGCUAAAUGGAUAGAGGGGGCUUGUUACUUCUUGACGGAGUUUCCAGGCGAAGAAAUUGACAUGGCUGUGAGGGAGCUCGUGGGAAUGAUACAGAGCGCUCAGCAGCCGGAUGGGUAUCUGAAUAUCCACUACACGGUUGUGGAGCUGGGAAAGAGGUUCACCAAUUUGCGAGACAUGCACGAACUAUACAACGCAGGACAUCUCAUCGAAGCCGCAAUCGCUCAUCGUCUCCAUUACAAGAACGAUGAGUUGCUGCUUCCGAUAGUGAGGUAUGUCGCGCUUCUUGCGGCUACGUUUGGAAACCAGGAGGGGCAGAAACCUGGAUACCCAGGUCAUCCCGAGAUUGAAUUAGCACUCCUUCGGCUGUACAGAGUGACGCAGGAUCCAGAGCACUUCCGACUUGCUCGCUUCUUUCUUGAGGAGCGAGGGAAUCCUGCUAGCGGGAAAGAAAGGCGGCAUUAUUAUGACAUUGAGGCCGAAGCGCGAGGCGAGCGUGAGCACGAGGUACCUGCAGCAUACCCUGCAGCGAGGAGCUACUGGUAUCAACAAGCUCAUAUGCCUAUCACCCAGCAGAAAAAGAUUGAGGGGCAUUCUGUUCGAGCCAUGUAUCUCUUGACUUCCGUUGCAGACUUGGUUCGCAUCUCUAAGGCGGAUAGUGAGGUUGGAGCCAAAUUUCUGCCCGCUUUGGAACGACUCUGGUCGAAUAUGGUUGAGCAGAAGUCAUACGUGACAGGAGGGAUUGGGGCCAUCAAGCAGUGGGAAGGAUUUGGAGUGGACUAUUUCUUACCCCAUGGAACGGACGAGGGUGGCUGCUAUGCAGAGACUUGUGCGGCGAUAGGGGUCAUGAUGUUGGCUGAACGACUGUUGCAGAUCAAACUUGAUGGCCAGUACGCCGACAUCAUGGAGCUCUGCCUCUAUAAUGCAGUCUUGACGGGAAUGAGCUUGGACGGUAAGGCUUUCACCUAUGUGAAUCAACUAGCUUCGUCAGAGGCCGAUCUAUCCCGGCGCUAUGAAUGGUUUGAGUGUGCAUGCUGUCCGCCAAAUGUCACUCGAACGCUCGGCUAUCUUGGCGGUUAUGUGUGGAGCUAUGAGGUCGAUGACAAGGCUCGGAAGGGCACUAUUAACGUUCAUCUUUACACUUCCGCUUCAUUACGCUUCCAAAUCGCAAGCUCUACAAUCGAGGUUGCCCAGCAAACAGAAUGGCCUUGGAAGGGAGACGUCUCUUUCUCCGUGACGGUUGACGGCCCGCCGGUAAACCUCGAACUGCGGUUAAGAAUUCCCGGGUGGGCAAUAGCCUGGGAGAUCAAUCCGCGGCCACCACAAUUGAAUAUUCGUGAUGGAUAUCUAUACCUGGACUCAGACUGGACCCAACAGCAUCCGGAUUUUCGAUUCAGCUGUCCCAUGCGCCCAAAAGUGCUCCGCCCCAAUCCACUGACGAUGCAGCCUGUCGCCUACGUCACGCGCGGGCCUAUAGUGUAUUGUGUUGAGGAUGUCGAUAAUGACUGGGAAGAUGACCACUUCAAGAGGACAAUCUUUGACCAGGAUGCGCCCUUACUUGAGGAGGUGCGGUCCACUCCUGACCAGUACGUGGCUAUCAUUGCUCAGAAGGGCGUCCGAGAAAUAUUGGAUAUAUCUCCUUGGCGACGACAGAUAGUAGCCGAAAGAGGAAGUGCAAUUCCAAUUACAGACGAGCUAAAAGAUUUGUGUUUUAUACCUUACUAUCUACGAGCCAACAGAGGUGGAAAGGGGCAGAUGCGAGUAGGGCUGCGAGUUGCAUAA